GGUGUUUUCAAGUAAAUAACAGACUUUAAUUUAAAGUUCAUCGAAUAAAAAAUAAAAUGUUCAAAUUGGUUUCCUUCUUAGCUUUGAUUGCCGUUGCUGUGGCAGCUCCAGGUUUUGUGGCUGAAACUCAUGUUGUUCAACCUGUGGUAACUAAAGUGGCUCACACUGUACCCUCUGCAGUUUCCCAUCAGAGUUUCUCUCAAGUCCAUAGCAAAGCACAUAUUGUUACUCCAGUAGUGAAAACUGUUGCCGCUCCUGUUGUACAUACUUAUGCUGCCGCUGCUCCCGUCAUCAAAACUUAUCAUGCCGCUCCUGUUGUCAAAACUGUACACUCUUAUCAUGCCGCUCCCGUUGCAAAAACUGUUGUUACUCCAGUUGUUCAUCACACCUAUGCUGAAGCUGCUCCUAUAGUCAAAACUGUUGAACCUGUUGUCCCUGUAGUUAAAACUGUAGCCACUCCAGUAGUCCAUACUUAUGCUGCCGCUGCUCCCGUUAUCAAGACUGUAGAAACUGCCGUUCCUGUAGUAAAAACUGUUUCCCAGCCCAUUGUCAAUCACGCUGUAUCCCAUCAAAGUCAUGCCAUAACUCAUCACCAAAAAACUGUUGUUACUCCAGUAGUUAAAUCUGUAGUUCCUGUAGUUCAUGCUACUCCCGUUGUUAAAUCUUUUUAUAUUCAUUAAGGAUUACAAUGAGUGAAUAAUCGAUUUAAGGUUUUUGUUAAAACAUUUGUUGUUGAUCAAUUUUCGAUAAUAAAUAAGAACACGUUAA